AUGGCUAACACCGAAAUGUCAAUUGAUAAUGGUCACGUCCAAACCCCUGCCAAAACCAGUCUAUCUGAAAAUGGCAGCCAUGAAAAACAUGUAACCAUUGAGCCAAAGAGCGGUCCUGAAAAGCCUGAGGAGAAGUCUGCUCCGUCCCGUGGGUGGCGUUUCUGGGCAGUUUUCCCGCCAAUAUGCCUCGCGACACUGCUCAUCGCACUGGAGUCCACAGUCACCACUGCGUCGUUGCCUAAGAUUGCGUCAGACCUCGAUGCCGGAGACAACUACGUCUGGAUCAUGAAUGGAUACUUGCUAACAGCCACGGUCUUUAUUCCUUUCUACGGCCAGUUCGCAUUCGUCUUCGGCCGGCGCUGGCCUACCCUUUUCGCUGUCGUAAUGUUUAUGCUCGGCAGUGGUAUAGCUGGUGGUGCAGACUCUAUGGCUAUGCUCAUUGCUGGUCGUAUAGUCCAAGGUCUAGGCGGCGCUGGCGUCGGCGUCCUUGGAAAUAUCAUCGUCUCGGACUUGACCUCUGUCAGAGAACGCGGUAAAUAUCUCGCGGCAAUUUUCGGUGUGUUCGGCUUGGGAAUCGCAGCCGGCCCUCCCAUCGGCGGCGCCAUAAGCCAAACUAAUUGGCGCUGGGUUUUCUGGCUGAAUCUGCCUGUUGGUGCCCUGGCAUUAAUACUGCUAUUUCUCUUUCUGCACGUAGAUGCACCAAGAUUAAUGACUGUGCGUCAAGGCCUGAAGAGAGUGGAUUGGAUCGGUAACUGGCUGUUGAUCGGUAGCGUGGUGAGCAUCCUGAUCUCCCUGAGCUGGGCAGACACCAGGUAUCCUUGGGCGUCCUGGCGAAUUCUAUUCCCACUUCUCGUCGGAUUCGCUGGUCUGGCCGCUUUCCAUGCCUACGAGUCGAGUUCGUGGUGUGUGAAUCCAACAAUCCCUCCACGGUUAUUCGGGAACAGAACAAGCGCCGUGGCGUUCUUGAGCACGUUCCUCGCUGGAGCGUUGACGUUUUGGCGGCUCUACUUCAUGGCACUGUACUUCGAGGGUGUGCUGCUUGUGUCGACUGGCCGGUCGGGCGUCCUCCUUCUCCCAUCGGUGCUGGUCUACGUCCCCGCCGCCGUGUCCGGUGGGUUCGCACUGUCGAAAUGGGGGCGGUACAAGCCAAUACACCUCAUAGCAUACGGUCUCAUUGUGCUUGCGACAGGACUUUACAUCGACUUGGAUGAGAAUUCCUCCCUUGCGAAGAUAGUCACAUAUCAGAUUAUCGCAGGUUGGGGAUCCGGGAUGCUCAUCACCACGAUCCUCCCCGCUGCCCAGGCCGCCCUACCAACAUCUGAUGCCGUACCUGCGAGCGCGUUGUGGGCGUAUCUUCGUUCUUUCGGCAGCAUAUGGGGCAUCGCCAUCCCAGCUGCCAUCUUCAACAGCCGUUUUUCACAACUGUCGGACACGAUCACUGACGAGAAUGUGCGUGAUGUACUUGGUGGAGGUAAUGCUUACUCGCAUGUUUCGAGCACGUACUUGUCGUCCCUGCCCAAGGAUGUCAAAGGACAGGUUGUUCAUGUAUAUAACGAUGCCUUAAGUUUCCUGUGGGUUGACGUCCUGUGGGAUAACCUCUUCUUGAUUAAGGGUCUCCACACCAAGGCGGAUCUGGAAGCUCACAUCCUGGGAGCCCCUCGUCAGGACUUCCCUCUGCGUCGCCUCCCAAGGUUGACCAGGACCAGAGACGGUGUGUUCUUCCUCCUUUCCCAUUUCCAUCUUCUGCCCUUCCACAUCAUCAAUUUUCGUAUCAAGAAACUGUUUGUGAAGGGGCUGAUUGAAGAUACCCGUCUCAAGAAAACGACACAACUACCCCGCCAUAACCUACUUGAGCUUCACAGAGCUCUCAACUUGUCACUACUCUGGUCGUCUCACGCAAGCCUGAGCAACAAGGCGGUCAGCCAGGUUGGUGACUCUCCUCUUCUUCAACACAAGGCCCUGUCCCAAAUCAAUCGUGACUUGCGGCCAGGCCAGGCCAGUCUGUCGCAAUUGAUCGCAAACAGCUCUUUCAAACUACAGAUUGCCAUGACGUCCUCCCUCAAGAUGACCCCCCUGUUGAUGGGGCUGGUCCUUCUCUUCCUCUUCGCCGGUCGCGCUCAUGCCUUCGGCGCUGGAAACAUCGCUAGCAUCUCCAAAGUCGAGGGCCAGAACUGGCGCCACGGCGACAUCGAGGAUACGCUUCUCAAGAUCUUGAUGGCUCGAGCCGUUGGUGGCAAGAAGUUUGACAAGCUGAUGGUGUCGCGCACUUACUUUGGCAACUGGUUGCGAGAUUAUUCCCAAGCCAUCGAUGUCGGCACGGUGAAGAGCGUUUCAGCCGAGGCCAUUCGUCUUCUACUCUGCGUCCUAGGCUUCUUGACAUUUGGCUAUGGUUCGCGCGAGUUUGAGGUUACUGCCGAUCGUCUCGGCUGCUACCGGCCUGAAGACCAUAUUGACAACCCCAAGAACUACGCUGACAACGAGGAUGCUCGUCAAUACGACCGUCGUCUGCGUGGCCCCAUCGAUGAGCGAGUUGAGCUGGCCAUCGAUGAAGAGACAGGCAUGAAGAACUACAUCGCCAACGAGAACGUGAACAUCAUGACCAGCGCUCUUCACGUCCGCCGUCUUUUCACUAAGUGUGUCGAGCUUGGGCGACGGUACCAGCGUGAUAACAGGAAGGAGGACCUGCAUGAGGCGCUUCGACUGCUGGGCACUGGACUUCACUGCUUGGAAGACUUCCUGGCGCACAGCAACUACUGCGAGCUGGCGCUGAUUGAGAUGGGUGAGCGCGAUGUGUUCCCCCACGUUGGUCGUAACACUCAGAUACGUCUAUCUGGCGCUCGUCAUGAAGUCUACCCAAUUGUCACCGGUACCUUCGGUGGUGUCGAUUUCUUGCACUCCGUCACGGGAGAGGUCUCCGACAAGCUCACUCAGAAUGAGAUUGACGAGCUUGAGGGCACCCUCCAGGAGAGCCAGAACAAAGACACCAGCAUUCUGCGCAACCUCCUGGAUAAGAUCCCAGACGGUCUUUUCGGGGACGAUGAUAAGAAGUCCAAGAUGGAUGACAUCCAGCAGAACGCAAGUGCCGCCCAGGUGGAGCAGAUGUCAGUUUCGCCACGUGAUCCUGAGGAGUACACGCUUUAUGUGCAGAAUAUUUUCCGCCAGAUCAUGCCCGCAAUUGAGUUCCACGACGAUAUCCUCCAAAAGGUCACGGAGGCUAUCGAGAAGAUCCCCGUUCUGCCUCAGAUUGUUGAGCAGCUUGAGGAGCAGCUAUCGGUUUUCGUCUUCUCUGUCAUCGCACCUUUCGUGGUCCCUGUCAUCAACCAGGUCAAGAACGAGCUCCGCACCGGCUCUGAUGAGAUUAUUCAGUCCAGUGAGAACGAGCAGCUGAUCGUGUUCAACGACGACGAGAGCACAGAUCCCACUCACUCCAUGCUGUCUAAGGACCACUUCUCCAACAUUCUCAACGAAGUUGCCGGCAAGACGGCCAGCAAGGUUGUCGCAUGGGCCGUCCCGCAGCUCAUGGAAGCUAUUGACGACGAGUCCAUCGACAUUAACCGCGUUUGCACCCGCCUCAUCCACGGAGUCCUGCACCACCCGGCCCAGCGCGGCCAGGGCGAGGACGGAGCCCGCGAAGGUCGCGAGAUGAUGUUCCGCAGCGUUGAAGAGUGGUGGAACGAAAUGCCCGAGAACGCGAAAGACGAGUACCGCAACAAGUUGUCCCGCAACGGUGUCAAGAACGGAGAGAACCACAAGGAGGGCGUGCAAGACACUGGCCACGGCCAUGGAUGCUCCGGCAAAUUGAGCAUGCACAAGCAGUUCGGCGGUGGUGACCAAUCCGUUGAGGACAAGAUUGCGUCGGCUGCCGCAGGCGCUAUCAUCGGCGGAGUCACGUCCGGCUUCUCUGACAUCGUCUCCAACCAGACGGGCGGUAGGGUCAACCUGCCCGACUCCAACAACCCCACUAAGGGUGGCGGUCUUCUUGGCAACGUGUCAUCGCUCCUGGAAGGUGCGUUCCAGAAGGACUCGGACACAUACGAGUCGCGACCUCAUCGUACCGAGGACGGCGGUGUCAGCCAGUCUAUUUCGCAGUACGGCCGUAGCAACGAUGGUCGUCGCUACGAGCAGGCUGAGUUCACAGAGACCCGGUACGAUGAUGGGCGUGAGAGGCAGGAGUUCCGUCGCACCGAGCAGAGGGAUGAUGGACGGGGCGGCGAGCACGGUUAUGGCUACCAGGAAACUCAGGAAAGCUAUGGUGGACGUCAGCACCAUGAGGAGAGGCGCUGGGAAGGCGAGACCAGCAGCUCGAGCUACCGUCGGGAAGAGACCCAGAGCUACGGAGGAGGUUAUGGUGGCUCGCGACGUGAAGAGUCGGACAGCUAUAGCUCUUCGCGACGAGAGGAGUCCGGUGGCUAUGGCGGAGGCGGAGGUGGAGGCGGAUACGGUUCCUCUCGCCGAGACGACUCGGAGGGCUACGGAGGAGGAGGAGGAUACGGCUCCUCCCGACAAGAGAAUCAGGGCUAUGGUGGCGGUGGAGGCUACGGCGGAGGCGGAGGUGGAGGCUACGACUCUGGGCGCCGCGACGAGUACGGAGGCGGCCGGCAAGAGGGAGGCUAUUCCGGCGAGAGGCGGGACGAAGGCAGACGUCGGGAUGAUGAUGACAACAACGACCUGGUUGGAGACGUCAUUGAAGGUGCUGCGAAGCACUUCUUUGGCGGCGAUAAGCGAGAUGACCGUCGCGAGGGCGGUGGCGGCGGCUGGUUCUCUUAG